GCGCUUCCACAAGGCCCUGCCCGGGGACGGCAGGCUGAGGGGGUAGGCUGUAAACUUGGAAGACUACAGACUAGGUCAAAGCAAAAGGAUCCGAUAUAUGCUGGCGCAACAUAAUCUUCAACCACCUUCCGUCCCCCCCGCCACCAGGAAAGCGAUCACGAUCGUCAAGUCGCGGUCGUUCCGGGACAGGGAAGGGAAGAUUCUGCUGGAAGGCCAGAGGCUGAUUAUCGACGCCCUGCGAGCCGGCGCGGUGCCCAGAACUCUCUUCUUCAGCCGCGCGGAGGACGUGAAGAAGCUGCCGCUGGAUAAAUUGAAGGGGGCCCAGCUCAUCAAGGUCAAGUUCGAAGACAUCAAAGCCUGGUCCGACCUGGUGACCCCACAAGGACUAAUAGGGAUUUUCGCCAAACCCGACCACACCAAGGUCAAGUACCCGACGGUGCGGCUCCACGACACCCUGCCCUUGUUGCUUAUCUGCGACAACCUGCGGGACCCGGGAAACCUGGGCACCAUCCUGAGGUCGGCGGCCGCGGCGGGCUGCAGCAGAGUGCUGCUCACCAAAGGUUGUGUGGAUGCUUGGGAGCCCAAGGUGUUGAGGGCAGGGAUGGGGGCACACUUCCAAGUGCCCAUCCUCAGCAACCUGGAGUGGGAGACCCUCCCCAACUGCCUGCCCCCCAAGACCACCGUCCACGUGGCCGACAACUGCGGCCGCCUCGCCCAGGCCCAGCUGGCCGGAAGAGCCCAGGACCGCAGCCUGAAGUGUGACCGCCGCUACCUGAAGUUUCACCAGCCGGAGGAGUCGGGCGACGAGGGAGGGGACCCGUCGGAGGGCUGGCUCCCUGACGUCGACCUGCAGACUUACGACGAGGAGUGGACGGAGGCCCCGGCCACGGCGGUGGUGGUGGGCGGGGAGACGCGCGGCGUCAGCCUGGAGUCCCUGGAGCUGGCCGAGAGCACGGGGGGCAGGCGGCUGCUCAUCCCCGUGGUGGAGGGCGUGGACAGCCUGAACUCCGCCAUGGCCGCCAGCAUCCUGCUGUUCGAGGGGAGGCGACAGCUGCGGGCGAGGGGCGGCCCGCACGAGGUCGCGGCGGGUUACGCGGACCCCGCCUAGGACCCGUGGGCUCCCGCGAGCUUGGGGUCUGGCGCCUUCCUGGCCACUGGGGCCAUUCCCUCCUUCCCACCCUGCUGUAGGCUUUCAUCCACGCUCCCGCCCUGUUGGGCGGCUUUCCAAUCCCAGCGUUCCCCGUUUUUGGGCCUGUUGUUUCUGAGCCCCCCCAGGAUUUGCCAGGAUCCCUCCUAAGCUCCCCACCCUGAGCCCGGAGGGCCCAGUGGCCCGGCCCUUGCAGAGGGCAGCAGGAACAACCGAAAGGCCAGAAGCACACGGGAUGGACACAUGCCCUGAACUCUUAUCUCACACCACGUUGGACAAUCAGGUCGCCGCCUCUUGCUCCCUCAGUCAGCGCGGUUGAAGAAUCACCGGAUGCGGCCCUUAGUUUACCCCACAGAGCCGGGCGGAGACGACCAGACCGGGACUUCGGGCUGGGGGCUUUGUCGGAGCAGCGAACGGAAACGGUGCUUCCCAAAGGAACCCAGAGGUCCUGGGAGCGACGGAAUUGGGGCAGAGGGGGGAAGCGGCAGGGGGCUGGGCGCCGGGCCCAGAGGCAGCUGAGCUGACAGCAGGGGAGGUUGUAGACAGCACAACCCAACCCAGGGGGUGGGGCGGAGAGGGGAAUGGCAUGGCAUGGCAUGGCAUGGCAUGACAGGGCCGGGCCUUUGUCCAGAGAGCUCAGGCUCCGGUUUUAAGUGUUAACCCGGCAGAUGGUAUUAAAAAGCAUCUUCCCCAUGGGGGCUGUCACCAAA